AAAAAAAAUUUGAAAACUUGAUGCUGUGAAUUUGAUCCUUUGGUGAAGCAAGGAACUCUACUACCCAAUUUGUGAAAAAGCUUAUGUAACAGUAAUUCAAAUCAAGUAAAUAAUGCCUUGCGUAUACAAUAAAUACUCGCUUUUCUGCUUCUUCAUUUGCUACGAAUAAAGUUGACAUCCUAUUUCAAUGCUGAGACUUGAGCGCGUCCACCCUCCACCGAAUACUACAUAGUCCCAUAAAUAGACGGUGCCUAAAAAUGGGUGAUUCGGUUAUGUCUACUUCUUCAGGAUUAAAAAAUGCGGUGCGAUAUGAAUUACCUUGGGUUGAGAAGUAUAGACCUGUAGUACUUGAUGAUGUGGUUGGAAAUGAAGAAACAGUCGAUCGUUUAAAAGUAAUAGCUAAAGAUGGCAAUAUGCCUCAUCUUAUUAUUUCUGGGAUGCCAGGAAUUGGUAAAACUACUUCCAUCAUGUGCUUGGCCAAUAUGCUCUUGGGUUCAGGCUGUCGAGAAGGAGUAUUAGAGUUAAAUGCAUCUGAUGAAAGAGGUAUUGACGUUGUUAGAAACAAAAUUAAAGGAUUCGCUCAGAAGAAGGUAAAUCUUCCUCCAGGUCGUCAUAAAAUAAUCAUUCUCGAUGAAGCAGAUAGUAUGACAGCAGGUGCCCAGCAAGCUUUACGAAGAACAAUGGAAAUUUAUAGCAACACAACAAGAUUUGCUCUAGCUUGCAAUCAAUCCAACAAAAUUAUCGAGCCUAUCCAAUCCCGUUGUGCUAUUUUGAGAUACUCGAGAUUAACAGAGCAACAAGUUUUGCAGCGUUUGCUCGAAAUAUGUAAGUUGGAGAAUGUAAAUUAUACAGAUGAUGGUAUGGCAGCACUUAUUAUGACUGCCGAAGGUGAUAUGCGUCAAGCUGUCAACAAUUUACAAAGCACAGUUUCGGGAUUUGACUUAGUCAACGGUGAAAAUGUCUUUCGGGUUGCAGACCAGCCUUCCCCAGUAGCCAUCUAUGCAAUUCUUCAAUCUUGUCAUUCUGGCGACAUAGAUACAGCAUUGGCGAAGCUGAAAGACGUAUGGGGUCUUGGUUACAGUGCAGUGGAUAUUGUUACAAACAUGUUUCGUGUUGUGAAAACAAUGAAUGAAAUACCGGAAUUUACCCGGUUGGAGAUGCUUAAAGAAAUUGGAACUACGCACAUGAUUGUUUUGGGAGGAGUGCAAACGUUGCUUCAAUUAAGCGCACUCGUCUGUCGUCUAGCAAAAUCGCAAAUGAAUCCACGGGCGUUUGAGAUAUAAAUCCUUUCAUUAUGUUUACAAACUAAAAAUUUGGGACUAGCACUUACUUAAUAUCCAACUUUACGAAUAAAACAUACUCCAGGUAAUGACAAAAAGAAAGAGACCAGUGAUGAGUAAAGUAUAAUACAUAGUCGUCUGAAAAGUUGUUCCAAGUCUUCCGAAAAAUACCGGAAGUCCCAUGAAGUUGCAAAAAGAGUGAAUUAGAAAGGUAGGCCAUAUGCUAUGAGUGUUUAGAAAUACAUAAGUGCUAUACCAUCCAAACAA